GCCGGCUCUCUCUCUCUCUGGACCCCUCUUGAGAGUCUUACUGACACCCUCAUCCUCCAUCAUGGCAUCUGCAGCAGAUUGGAAACUGCAGAUGGACACUCCCCUUGAGGCAGAAAAACUGCAGUAUCAGUUCUUCUACGAGAAAGCCUUGAAGAGGGAGGAGGAAGAGAAAGAGAGAGAGAGAAGGGAUAAGGUGCAGGCUCAUGAGGUCGUCCUUAGCACCGUGUCCGCUCUGACUGAUGAGGAGGUAGAAGAGAAAACGGUUCCCAUCCUCAGAGCCUUAGCAGGGGUCCGGGUUGUUGAGGACCAUAUUGGCCAACUCGCACAGGUGUUUAAGCAGCUCAAGGAGUUGCACGAAGACAUGGCCAGGAUGGCGCAGCAGCACCGCGAUCAGCUGCAACAGUUUGCUAGUUCGCAGCAGGCUCAAAUCGUCUCUUUCCUCACCUACCCUGCCUCCAAUGCUGCGUGUCAGUCCAGUUUUGCCCCUCUGAAUACGUCUACUUCUUCUCCUUGUACUUCUUCUUCUUCUUUGAGUGUGGUUAACAGCCAAAGCGGAUCUGCAGCAAGUCCAGACCCCGCUGCUGCUGCUGCAGCGGCAAGUCGUGGUGCAGGGACUUAUGGAACUGUUGCAGCCCCGGGCCCAAACCCAGCACUGGCUGGGCCGGGCAGCAGCUUUUCUUACCUCGGCAGGAAGGCGGCACAGAUUCCGUCCAAGUACAACGGAAAAAACGACGUCGAGUCAUGGAUCAGCACCAUGCGGUCCUACUUUGAUGUGUUGGUGACACCCCCAGUCACUCAGUCGUCAGUCCUUGGGACCAAUGUGGAACCCGCCAUGAGAGGAUUUCUAGAAAUCCAACUUGUACAAGCAGGCUAUAAACGUAUAGACCUGAACAAAUGGCUGAAGGCUACGCCUGUAGCCACACUUGAGGAUCUCUUGAUUCAACAGUAUGCCAAUCCACAUGCUGCAGCGAAAGUAAGACUUAAGCUUGAUAAACUCAAGCACAGCAAGUGGACUGGCACCAUGCAAAGUCUGCAGCAGUAUGUCAGUAAGCUCUUUGCUACUCCCAAUUUGGAAAUGACUGCACAGUCUUGCUUGGAUGUGAUAAAAGCAACGGUCCCCUUCGCUGAAAUUCGUCGCCUGGGCCUCAAACUCGCGGAAUAUACAGAUUGGUUUUCCUUCAUGCAGGAUCUAGUCAAGCUAAAGGCACAAGACCUCCCAGGUGGAUCGAGUGGCAAAAGAGCCCUUGGCCGCAAACGGUUUUCUGGCAGCAACCGUUUAGCAGCACAAGAUCUGCUAGAGGAUGAUAAGGAGAUCCUCGCAGACAACCCUUCUCUUGAUGACGAUCAAGAGCAAGGCUGUGAGGCAUCAUGCUCUGCGUCAGCCCACGAAUCUGAGUUGGUGAAUGAUGAGGAAUCCAUGAAUGUCUUUAAGAAGACUGCCUUUAAAAGCAAGGAACCGAGGACCGCAAUGAAGAACAACACUAACACUAUCCUUCUUCCCAAAGGAGCAAAAAUUCUACCAAAACCGGAAGAUCCUGCCACAAAAUCAUGGGUAGAUCUCCGGAUUAGUGAAAGUGGGUGCAAAGUCUUCAGCAAGAUCGAUCUCAUGUCUGGCUACCACCAGAUCGAAGUUGAUCCUGCGGACCACCACAAAACCGCAUUCAAAACUCGCGACGGGUUGUACGAGUUUACCGUCAUGCCCUUCGGUCUCACGAAUGCGCCAGCCACCUUUCAAAGUCUCAUGGACAAAGUGUUCCGCCAUCAGAUUAACCGGUUUGUUGUUGUUUAUCUGGAUGACAUACUGAUCUUAAGCAAAUCGAUGGAGGAGCACAUGAGACACCUUGAGGAAGUGAUGCAAAUCCUCAAGGACGCGCAGCUCCAUCUCAACUUGGAGAAAUCUGAGUUUGGGAGGGACAGCAUCAUCUACCUUGGACAUCGGUUGUCUGUUGCAGGCCUAGAGCCCGAGGCAACGAAGGUUGAGGUCAUCCAAAAGUGGCCCCAACCUGCGAAUGUCCACGAGUUGCGUUCUUUUUUUGGUCUUGCGUCGUACUACCGUAAGUUUGUGCCUAAAUUUUCUAUCAUUGCCCGUCCAUUGUUUAGACUAACAAGCAAGAAUGUGUCCUACGCAUGGAAUGAAGAAUGCACGACAGCCUUUGAAGCAUUGAAAGAGGCUUUGGUGAGUCAUCCGGUGCUCUGCAUUGCAGAUCCCAAGCUUACAUUCGUAGUAACUACGGAUGCGAGUUUGUAUCGGAUUGGUGCAGUGCUGCAGCAAGAUAAUGGUGAUGGUUUACGUCCGCUGGAAUACUACAGCAAACGCAUGCCCAGCCACAAGGUAGCUGCCUCCACUUACAUGAGAGAGCUCUAUGCCUUGAGAGAGGCACUAGACCAUUGGAAACACUACCUCUUGGGUCGCCAUUUCAAAGUGUUCUCGGAUCAUGAGACUUUGAAGUGGAUUCAGACACAGAUAAACCCAUCGACUAUGCUGACCCACUGGCUGCAUGAGAUUGAUGUGUAUGAUUUUGAACUAAAACACAAGAAAGGCUGCUAUAAUCGUGUUGCGGAUACUUUGUCUCGCCACCCUGAGUACAUGACUUGCCUAACCUAUGACAUGAAACUCAAGACGACGUCAGGGCGACACCCCGAAGCCAAUGGACUGGCUGAGGAAAUCAACCAGACCGUGAUCCAGCUUCUCUGGGCUCUAAUUGUACCUUAUCAGAACUCUUGGGAUGAGGAGUUGCCGAUUGUGCAGGGGUUGUACAACAACUCCAUCCACUCCUCCACCGGGAUGACGCCUAACCGGCUACAUCUUGGAUGGAAAAUCCGCAAUCCUCUAUCCUAUCUGUUUCCUGAUCAGCCACCUGGCCAGCCAAGCUACAGCGCCAAGUUUGAUCGCCUACUUAAAGUUGAUGUCGCAGUUAUGGAGAGGCGACGCAGUGCCAUGAUUAAACAUGCUAACAAGAAGCGUCAGCCUGCACCAUUCACAGUGGGAAGUUAUGUCUGGGUCAAAAUGUCUGAGUUUUCUGAAGAAGAAGGUGUCUCACGAAAGCUUCUUCCUCAGUACUACGGUCUGUGGCAGGUCUUGAACCAGGUAGGGAGUGAUUCCUUCGGUCCUUCCUACACGAUUGAUGUGCCUGCACAUUUGCGCACAUACCCAGUUUUUCAUGUGUCAAAAUUGUUUCCAUAUGAACCACCUGAAACGUUCAAGUACCGAGAGUCAAUGAUUCCCCGCGCAAUCAAUGGCGGCCAUGAGGUUGAUAGGAUUGUCGAACACAGUGGGAAGGGAAGAAACAGACAGUACAAAGUUGAUUUUCUGUACCAUCCGUUGGACGAUUUCUAUUGGAUUGCUAGGAAAGACUUACUGCAGAGUGCACCGCGUGUCGUUAAUGCCUAUGAACGAUUGAUAAGUGUUGAACAGCAACCAAAGUUUACUGCUACCCUGACUCCUACGGAACAUGCCCGAUCUCUCUUUGCUAUCUACGCCUAUGAUGCACUAUGCAAGGACUCUGAUUGAGUUACUCGCUCGAAGGGACCUCACUCUUGAGGGGGGGGUAGUGUAAUGACCCGUCAUAACACAGA